GCCAGCAUAAAACCACUCUGUGCUGGAGCAGUGUGGAAAGAACACGGAGGCGUGGUGAACGCCAACGCAGAACGCAUCGCGUCGACGGCGCGGAGCACCAGACAGCCUCGCCAGGCAGCGUGUACCGGCUACACUCCUGGGGCAGCCACUACUGGCACUCACACCACUACUGGCACUCACACCGAUGGCCGAGCAAGCGGGCUGCUGCGAGGGCGAGGGCCGCGCCGCGACGGUCGCGGUCCUCGUCCUCUCGAUCAUCGUCUUCAUGGCCAACAUCUACGCGAUGGUCAUCGCAACAGAUAUUCACGCGUACUACUGGAUCAUGACCUAUCACUUCGUGGGGACGAUCGGGGUCCUCGUGGCGACGUCGGUUUACGCCUGCCGGUGCUGCGGCGAGGGAGGCUUUCCCCUGAGGCGCCUGGGGCAGGCCCUGGCCGCGUACGUCGUCCUCUGCGGCGUCGUCUGCUUCGUCGCCGUCCUCGCCGCCAAGGACGGCGCGAUCGAGGACAACUGCGCGGAGUCGAGGGAGUGCGACUUGAGUGUCCUCUUCAGCUGCCCCAAGGAGAACCAAGAGUUCUACCAGUGCGUCGACGAUCCGGACCCGGUCGAACAAGUGCUGAACGACAACACCUGCGGCGGCAAACUGUACGCUCCGAAGUGGCACAACUGGGGCUGCGACCGCGACGACGACAAAUACCUUUGUCGCGCGUUCUGCACGAAGAAGGCCUGCACCGACUACUGCAACCCGUUUAGCGACCACCACAAGGACCAGUGCGGCGACCGCAGCGACUGCUAUACCAUCACGCAGUUCCUCGAACAGUUUUUGAUCCGGACGUGCGUCGUCGUCAUCCUCUUCCUCCUCGUGCCCGCGGCGGCGCUCGCGGGCGUCGCCGUCCAGGCGAAGGAGCCCGAGCGCGUGAACCCGUCGAUCGAGAUGCGGCAGAUGCCGCCCAUCGUCGCGGCGGUGCCGCUGCCCGCGGGCAUGCAGCCGUAUCAGGCCCAGCCCGGCCAGCCGCCGCAGAUGGUCCCGGCGCCGGUGAUGGCGACGGUGCAGGAGCCGCAGGCCAAGGUCGUCAACGAGGCGAACGCGACGAUGCUGUGAACCCCCCCCCCGGUGUUUUCCCUAAC